UUUGAGCUUCGUCGUCGAGAACGAUCAAAUCAUUUCAGUCAAAUUGCUUCUUUCGUACAAGUUAGUGAUACUUUUUUUUCUCAAGCGAGCCAUUUUUUAUGAACUAGAAGACAAGAUGUUGGAAGUUGGUACAAAAUUUAAUGUCGAAGAAAAAUUAUGGGAGGGCCCCGAAAUAAAGCCAUUGUUUAAUCCAAAUGUGUCGCUUGGACAAGUUAUUAUCAGAAUGCUAUCGAUGCAUGGACCAAAAGUAGCUCAGAUCAGCGAUGAUUUUGGAGUCCAAACCACAUUCAAUGAGAUCUUGAUCAAAACGAUUCGAGCUGCUCAGAAUCUACUUAAAAUGAAUAUACCUUCAAAGAGUGUUUGUGGUUUUUUUGCAAGCAACAGUCCUGACUUGUCACCGAUUCUAUUUGCGUCAAUGUGUUUAGGCUGUCCAGUGAGUGCACUUGAUCCAACAUUUGGAAAAUCUGAACUCAAAUCAAUUAUAAGCAUAACAAAGCCGAAAGUAUUCUUUUGCGAUGUCAACUUGUACGAUUUGCUUGAAGCAGUAUUAAACGAAUUGAAUAUCGCUGCAACUAUAUUUACAUUUACUGGACAACGAAGAAAAUCAAUGCCAAUCGAAACAUUAUUUGCCGAAACAAAUACUGAAUCGGACUUUCUUCCAAUUGAGUUGAAUGGUGAAAAGGAGACGGCCGUCAUCGCUGCCUCGUACGGAAUCUGUGGGACAUUGGAAGGCAUAUGUUUAUCUCACACGUUGAUACUGGACAAAAGUACUCGUUUGAGUUCGAUUGGUGGUGGCGAUGUUCUACUUGCAUUUUCAUCAAUUUAUUGGUUGUCUGGCAUUGCUAAUUUACUUAAAGCAACUUAUUAUGGAGCCACCCGAAUAAUAACCACCAAAUCCUAUUCACCGGAAUACCUACUGGAAAUUAUCGAAAAGUAUAAAAUAACGCACAUUUUUGCAUCGUUGCAACAAAUCAAUUCGGCGUUAAAACACGAAAAUAUUGAAUCGAUUGAUUUAUCGAGUGUAAAAUCCGUGGCUUUAAGCAGUCGAAGAGUUCCGCACGUUGAUUAUGCAACUAUUCGGAAAUUCUUCAAAAAUGCUGUGCCUUAUAACAUGUUUGGAUUGAGUGAACUAGGCGGGGCUAUUUCAGUUUCGCGUGGUUUUCAAUUGACUUUAAAUGCAUAUGGAAAGUUAAUGAAUGGUAUCAAAGUAAAAAUUGUCGAUGGAAAUGGAAAUCGAUUGUUGGUUGGCGAAAGAGGCCGAAUUUUUGUGAAAAGUGACUAUUAUUUCAACGGUUAUUAUGGAAAAAGUGGCAUCGAUGCAAUCGUUGAUAAAGAGAAUUUCUUGAAAACGGGUGACGUGGGCUAUUUUGAUGUGGAUGGAUAUUUGCACGUACUUGGUCGUGAAAGCGAUAUGAUUCAAUAUGAAAAUGUUCAAAUUGCACCAGAAGAAAUCGAAACUGUUCUGCAUCAACAUUCGGCCAUCAAGUCUGCCUGUGUAGUCGGUGUGAAUAACUUGGUUACGGCUCUGAUUGUUCGAAAUGCAAAUGCAUCCAUUUCAGAGGAGGAAGUUUGCACUUUGAUAGCUGGUAAUUUUGCCGAUAGUUAUAAAUUGCGUGGUGGUGUCUUUUUCGUGUCUGAAUUGCCAGCAACCCAAUCGGGAAAGAUUAUUCGAAGACUUGCAAAGGGAAUUGCUGAAAAGGAAUUUGAAUCCCAUUCCAAUGCUUCGUAGAACGAACGCAUACCAUAAUAAGCAGAAAAAAAUCGCCUUUUUUGUUCUUAAAUUAGAAUUCUAUGUUGUUUCCCUCUUGUUUGUUAAAAAAAAAGAAAAGAAAAACAAUUGGUUGAUUUAACGACAGUUGUCUCUCAUGUUAUUUGCAAAACUAUAUAAUAUACGUGAAUAAACCGAAAAGUCUUGAAUCAAAGUCCAUGUGUAUUGUGUGUGUAUUGAAGGCAUUUAAUAAAUAAAAUCGAAAUGAACGUUCGCUGCAGCGCAUAUUGCUUUUGAAAUGACAUUCGUCCGUUGAAUGUGAUGAAUGUAAUACCGCUACUGAGAUGACGAUGACAAGCACAAGAUGAAGCUGAGUGCUGUAGCAAUUGCGUUGACGGUGCCUUAUCAAAAUUCAGAGCACAGACGAGCAUUAUCGUUGUGUUUUCCAUUCGAUGUUGUUCGUUUUGUGGACUUUUUUCUUUCUCUUUCUCGUCUGCGUUGCUGUUCUGUAUGAUUGUAAUUGACCGUUCGAAGAACAUAGAAGUAAUAGGGACAUAUUUAACAAGAAGAAAAGAGUUGAUGUCGAUACAGACCGUGAGAAAUUUUAAGACUAUUUGAAUGGUGAAAUUGUGACUUUUUGUGGCCAAAAACAACAAAAAAAGUGAAUACAAGCAGAAAGACAGAAUCAAUGUAAGGAUCGGACAAAGAGAGCCAAUUUAGAUGGAAUAUUUAUAUAUAUGCGAACAAUGACCACAACAACAUUAUUAAAUUACAUUCGAGAGUUGUUCGAUGGAAAGAAAACUCGCUGCGAUGAUGACAAUAUGAUAUUUUUAUGUGAAAAUGAAUCAUUUGCAAUCGUCCAUAUACACCGU